AUGGAUAAAUUGUCCGAAAGUGAUGACAACUCUGGCUAUAAUUCAGAUGAAAUCAACUCCGAUAUAGAGGUGGAGCUGUACGGAGCCAUACAUCACAUGUACGGAUCAGAUGGACACGAAUUGGCCCCCAAUUCAGCCGAUGUUGUCACCGAAACUGAACCCAAAGCCACGGCUGAAGACAAACCAAUUGGCGGACAAAAGACUUGUGAAUCGCCGCUGAAUUCAAGUGAUUCGAACACGAGACUAGAUGUGAGUGACAAUGAGUUUGACAAAGACUUUGUAUUUAACGACAACACCGAAGACAUUGAUUUGAUUGAAAUCAACGACUCGGGCGACGAUUCCGAUGUGAUUAUCAUCGAUGAGAAGUCAGGCGAUGGCAAAAGGAAAGCCAAAUCUCCCGAUAAGAGGCGCAGCAAAGCGUCGACCAGUGGGUCCAACAGAUCCAAUAGAUCCGAACCAAACCUAUCGCUAUCAUUGGGUAAUGUAAGCAAUUUGGACGAAACGGCCGUUUCGGCGAUGAAUCAGUUCUACGAUGAAGACGAUUAUGACAGCGAAGAAGAGGAGCGAAGAAUGCCGUUUGAAGGGAAUGUCCAAACAUACGACUCCUGUAUCGCCUUUAAUGUCGACUCUAAGACGAAUAAUGAAUUGAGGAGUUGUUUGAGCGCAUCAUUUAAUAAACCAUUAGAUGAUUUCCAUUUGUGUCAUACCAUCGCCACAACCUCUUCAGCCACUCCGCACACCGUCACCACUGCCUCCACUCCUGCCCACCACUCACUCCACGCAUUCCAUCACCAAAACAAACACAUUAAAUGGGUUUAUCCCGACAUCAAUGACUCGAGUGAUGGUUAUGGCAGUCAUACCAGUCGUGCCACUCAUACCAGUCAUAGCAGUACUCCUAUCGCCAGAAAGUGUCCCAAAAAUAGGGCGAUUUCGGAGCCCAUAGUGAACACAGUGUUCAACGAUUCAUCGCCUCUUACGAGUGCUUUCUAUGCGUUGGACGCGACACACACUGCCGUCACUGCACACACUCUAACGCACCGACAGAUCAAUAACUGGCAGUCAAUGCAACCCACGAGUCAAACAACACCUCAACUCAGCGAAAGAGCACAACAGAGAAGAAUUAGACGCAAAAUGAAAAAAUUGGCCCAAAAGAUGGCCCAAAAACGGGAACACCAUCUCCUCAAAGAGGCCAAUGGACCGCAAUUCCAAACCAUCGAUAGUAUCGAUAAAAUUAAGAAAACAAAACAGAGAAAGAAGUUCAGGAGAGAUAGGAAUCGGAUGAAGAAAAGGCAGAAUCAGAGCCAAUAA